CAAUCGGAUAAACGCUCUCGUGCGGAGCAGGUGUCUUCGAUGUUUCUUAUCUAACUUUACUACCUAUCAGUUCACCUACAUGUGACGUAUUGACCGGCGUAAAUCAUAGUUUCUGCUAACGGUUGACAUUUUCCAAGAAAAUGAAAACGAUGUUGGGACAUUUUUGAUCAGCUGAAUCUACAUACUGAGAGAGAGAGAGAGAGAGUUGUGUAUUAACUUCGAACCAACAUACUUAACUAUAAGAGAAAAAAUAAAAUUAGAAAUUGAUAUAACGAAUCUUGAAAGAAUGGGUCCACCGAAACGUUUUAAAAGAGAUAAUAGUAAAUGGAAAAAGCGUAAAGAUGACUAUGAUGAAUACAAUGAUGAAGAUUCGAUUGAUAGUAAUGAAGCAGAUGGUGUGCCAGAUGCAGCAAAAAAUGAUGUAGAAAAACAAGAUGAUAGUGCAAUUGAAGAUGAAUUUGGAGCAAAAGAUUAUCGCUUACAAAUGAUUUUAAAACCAGAUUGUGCGUCUAGACCAUUAUGGGUGGCACCAAAUGGACAUAUCUUUUUGGAAUCCUUUUCUCCUGUGUAUAAACAUGCUCAUGAUUUUUUAAUAGCCAUAUCAGAACCUAUAUGCCGGCCAGAACAUAUUCAUGAGUAUAAGCUAACUGCAUAUUCACUCUAUGCUGCGGUUAGUGUAGGUUUACAAACAGAGGAUAUAAUAGAAUACUUAAAAAGGUUGAGUAAAACUAGCAUUCCUGAUGGCAUCAUUGAGUUCAUAAAAUUGUGUACAUUAUCAUAUGGAAAGGUCAAACUUGUUUUAAAACAUAAUAAGUAUUUUAUCGAAUCUCCAUUUCCCGAAGUUUUGCAAAAAUUAUUAAAAGACUCUGUAAUUCAAGAAUGUCGAUUGAGGAAAAUUGUGGAAGAAACUGAGGCUGAUGAUAUUAUUACAAAUAUUCAGACCAAAGUAAAAGCUCCUCAGUUUGGAGCAAAACCAGUCGCAAAUACGUCCGCACCUAGUAAAACAAAUUCGGAGACUCCUGAGUCUGGCCCAAUAUUAGCAGAAACAACUAAUAUUCCAGAAGACAUAACUGCGUUUUAUGACAAGAUCGAUAAAGAGGAUGAAGAUGAAGAAGAAUAUCAAGAAUUAAAAACAGUUAGUUUUGAAGUGAAUCAGGAAAAAAUUGAAGUUAUACAAAAACGAUGCAUUGAAUUGGAAUAUCCUUUAUUAGCAGAAUAUGAUUUCCGCAACGAUAGUAUAAAUCCAGAUAUAAAUAUUGAUUUAAAACCAUCAGCUGUGUUAAGACCUUAUCAAGAGAAAAGUCUGCGUAAAAUGUUUGGUAAUGGACGAGCUAGAUCCGGGGUAAUAGUCUUACCUUGUGGCGCUGGCAAAAGUUUAGUCGGAGUUACUGCUUGUUGUACAGUACGUAAACGCGCUCUAGUAUUAUGCAAUUCUGGUGUGUCUGUCGAACAAUGGAAGCAGCAAUUCAAAAUGUGGUCUACCGCCGAUGAUUCGAUGAUUUGUCGAUUUACCAGCGAAGCAAAAGAUAAACCUAUGGGUUGUGGGAUAUUGAUAACUACAUAUUCCAUGAUUACACAUACUCAAAAACGCUCCUGGGAAGCUGAACAAACGAUGCGAUGGCUUCAAGAACAAGAGUGGGGUAUUAUGGUUUUGGAUGAGGUACACACUAUCCCUGCAAAAAUGUUCCGCAGAGUCUUAACGAUUGUUCAGUCCCAUUGUAAAUUGGGUUUAACAGCAACGCUUUUGCGAGAAGAUGAUAAGAUUGCCGAUCUGAAUUUUUUAAUUGGACCCAAGUUAUACGAGGCUAAUUGGUUGGAAUUACAAAAGAGAGGAUUUAUCGCAAGGGUGCAAUGCGCCGAAGUAUGGUGUCCCAUGACUCCGGAAUUUUACAGAGAAUAUCUUGGCUGCAAAAUGAGCAAGAAAUUAUUGUUAUAUGUGAUGAAUCCGAAUAAAUUUCGUUGUUGCCAAUAUUUAAUCAGAUAUCAUGAGAGACGUGGAGACAAAACAAUUGUCUUCUCAGAUAAUGUAUUUGCGCUAAAGCAUUAUGCUAUUAAAAUGAAUAAGCCGUAUAUUUACGGUCCUACUAGUCAAAGUGAAAGAAUACAAAUUUUACAAAAUUUUAAAUUUAACAUGAAAGUAAAUACGAUAUUUGUUAGUAAAGUGGCAGAUACUUCUUUUGAUUUACCAGAAGCUAACGUUUUAAUCCAAAUUUCUUCCCAUGGUGGAUCUAGAAGGCAAGAAGCACAACGAUUAGGACGCAUACUUAGGGCUAAAAAAGGUGCAAUCGCAGAAGAAUAUAAUGCAUUUUUUUAUACUCUUGUGUCGCAAGAUACAAUGGAAAUGAAUUAUUCGAGAAAGCGCCAACGGUUUCUCGUAAAUCAAGGAUAUGCUUAUAAAGUUAUCACAAAACUUGCAGGCAUGGAUGAGGAACCAGAUUUAAUGUACGCAAGUCGAGAAGAACAAGGUCAAUUGUUGCAACAGGUUUUAACAGCUAGUGAUACAGAUGCAGAUGAAGAAAGAAUACCUGGUGAAGGACCAAGACCAAUUGUACGUAAAGCUGGUACUAUGGCAUCGAUGUCAGGCGCGGAUGAUGCUGUCUAUUAUGAAUACAAGAAAGCUGCUAGUUCAUCAACAGCAAAUAAACAUCCUCUAUUUAAAAAAUUCAGGACAUAAAUACAAUAGAUAUUUAUCUAUAAACACUUUUUUCUUUAACAUUUAAAGUAUGCAUGAAAUAAUAAAUCCUAUUAUUAUUUCUUAUAAUGUUAAUGAUAAUAAAAGAAAUUAAUAAUUAUUAUAACACAUUAAUUGUUAUGAUUUCAAUUUGUUUCUUUCACACGUCUUGUUACAAUAAUAAAAUGUGAAUUUUAUAUUAAGAUUUUGAACAAUUUCAUAAAAUGAAAAUACUGUAUUAAUUUAUGGUCCGCGUUCUGUAUGAAAUUAUCGCAUUAUCUGACUCAAACUAAGCCUGUAAUCUUUAUUUAGUCGCAUUUUUUCGGUUGUAAAUAAACACUGGUAUAAAAGAAUUUAUUACAAUUGUUAUUAUUAUAGCAAUUUAGUUUUUAUUAUAGUAAAGUUCAUAUUUUUCUCUCUACCAAUGAACAUAAUAAACAGUAUUCACGCGAAAGAAAAUACAAUUGGUAAAGUUACUUCUUUACUAAAAAACAGAUGUUUCUUUAUUGUAGACAUCUCUAAAGCCGGAAGUAGGAAAAGAUCUGAAAAAUAUUUCUAAAAAUUCGCGCUAUCAAAGAAUAUAAAACACUGAAAAUUGUUUUUUCCGAAAUGUUAAACAUGUCCAUCCCUCUUAAGCCUAAACUACAAGUUUACCGGAAAAUGAAAAACCGGAUCUAAGGUUUUGAUACUUCCUCGCCAUGACC